AUGGAAAUAAUAAUCAGAAAAUAGGCAAAAUGGGUUGCAUAUUGGAAAGGAAAGAAAUUGAUAGCAGGAGGAGACUAUGAUGAAUUCUAAAAUAAAAUUGGAGCAUGGUUGAGUGAGAUCAAAAUUUUAGCGAGUUGUUUUGUUGCUAUUAAUUUACAUUAGCUAUUGUCAAGUUUUCACAUUGGAAAUGAUAUAAAGGAAUAAAUAAGGGGGGGGUAUGGUAACGAUGUUUAAUGGUCAGAUUAUGUAGAAUAUAUAAGAUAAAUUUAUAGUUGAGUUGGAUUGUAUAAUGAGAACGAAAAGAAAAAUGGGAAUUGGACUGACCUCAUAACAAAUUUAAGAAGUGUUUGGAUUUAAUAUUUAAAGUUGGAAUUAAAUUACUUAUUCAGGGGUUUAAAGAAUGAAGGAUAAUGGAAUACAAAUUUUAAAAGGGAAAGCAUGUUCAAUAAUAUUUUUGAUAAUUUUAUAGUGGAGGAGGUUAAUACAACCAGUAUGGAUUAAAAAAUGGUUAAUGGACAGAUAUAGAUGAUUAAAUUUGUGAGUAAGAGGAUAGAUAAAUAAACUUCUAGCAUUUAUAAUAAAUUGAUAUAUGUUGGUGAAUAUGUGAAUGGAAUCAAAAAAGAACACUGGCUUACUAUUGUAAAUGGGACUAUUAUGUAGUAAUUAUACUAAACUUAGUGGAGGUGGUAAUUUUAAUAUGUAAGGUAUGAAAAAUGGGAAAUGGAUCGAUGUUAUUAACAAUUUUAAUUCGUACCUAUCUAAAAGUACUACUUUAGAAUGAAUUAUGUUGCUGCAGUGGGAAGUUAUUUCAAUGGAAUUAGAAUAUAAUAAUUGGACUAUGUUUACAGAGGAUAAACAAUCUAAUAAUGAAAAUCUAUUGGUCAGUGAUUGUGAAACUUAUA